AUGCUAAUAGAAUUAAUGCUUCUAGUGUUUUUAGAGUGUCUCUCAAAGAAGAUACUAAAGAUUGAUAUAAAAGAACCAUCCAUAGAAAAAAUUAGAACUUAUACAAUAUUUGAUGAAGAUUGGUCUUUUGCUAAUGGACGAUCAACUGAUUGCUUAUCCAAUGCAUCCAAUGCUAAUACAGGUAAUCCUGUAGCUAUACCUGGUAUUCAACUCGAACAAGUAUUAUACUGGUUUAAAACCAACUAUUCUACAGUUACAGCUAAAAAACAACAGAUACUUUUUGGUUCAACUGUUCAAGGAAACAAUCCAAUAGAAGUUUGUCAUUUAGGAAUUGAGAAAUCACCAGAUGAAUUGCUUUUGAAACUUGAAGAAAUUGAAAGAUAUACAGCAGAACAAUUAUUUGAAGCUUACUUGCAUUCAAACUCAGAUUCAGAAGCCAGUAAAGAUCAUGGAAAGAAUAAUUACUCAAACAAUACAGAUAUGACCAAAGAAGAAAUUGAAAAUCUGAUAAAAGAUAUUAUGGCAUCUUCAUUAUCUUAA